AUGAGCGCAACUUCCCGGAGUCUCCCACUGCGGAGACUGUCAAUGCCAGCGCCAGCGUUGUGUCGGUCCUCUCGGAGAGCAUUCUCGACGACUUUGCAACGAGAUGCUACCUGGGGUUUUAUUGGGCUGGGCAACAUGGGCUAUCCCAUGGCGAAGAACCUCCGAGCAAAGAUCCCCGCCUCCGACACGCUGAUUAUCCGUGACGUGAACAAGGAUGUCAUGCAGCGGUUCGUGGAGGAGACCAAGACGGCGGGCUCCGUAGAAAUUGCCGACAAUCCCAGAGAAGUCGCAGAGAAGGCGGUAAGUAAGGGAAUUUUUUUUAUAAUUCCCGAGUGUAGAAUGCAUGUCGUUGUUCUCUUGAGAGGUCUGCUUCGCCAGUUCGCCAGCGUAGCGCGACUUGAGGCUGGUAGUUUAGAAAGUCUGGACAGUGUCUAUCGGGAUAUUGCAUCGUCAAUGAAAAGGGCUGUCUUGACUAAGUUUUGGUUAACGAUAUCGAAUGAAGAGAAAAAAAUCUUGCCAAAUACCCUGCCCGAGCCGAAGCACGUUAAGGACGUCUUCCACAGCAUCCUGAAAGACGGAGACCUGCCGCCGCUCGAGCAGGAGCGUCUGUUCAUCGACACGUCGACCAUCGACCCGGGUUCGUCGAGGGAAAUUGCCAACGCCGUCCACUCGACCAAGCAGGGACGCUUCGUCGACGCGCCCAUGUCGGGCGGAGUCGUCGGCGCAAAGGCGGGCACGCUGUCGUUCAUGUUCGGAGCGUCGUCGCAGACCGGCUCGCUGGUCGAACGCGUCAAGAAGGUGCUGUUGCUCAUGGGCAAGAACGCCUGGCAUCUGGGCGAGCAGGGAGCCGGAGUCAGCGGGAAGCUGGCCAACAACUACCUUCUCGCCAUCAACAACAUCGCGACGGCGGAAGCCCUGAACCUGGGCAUCCGAUGGGGUCUGGACCCGAAGGUACUGGCCGAGAUGAUCAACUCAUCGACAGGACGAUGCUGGCCGAGCGAGGUCAACAACCCGGUGCCGGGCGUCGUGGAGACGGCGCCCGCCUCGCGCGGCUACGAGGGAGGAUUCGGCAUCAGCCUGAUGAAGAAGGAUCUCAAGCUGGCCAUCGCCGCGGCGCAGGAGUCAGGCACGCCAUUGGAGCUAGCCGCGACUGCUCAGAAACUAUACAUGCGACAGCUGGCAAGUAAGCAAAUGUCAGAUCUCGAUCCCAAGCCACACUGCUUGAAGGGUUAG